CGGGACAGCAGCACGAGCACAGAUAGCUUCUAUCUAGUUGCCACUUAAACUUUUAAAAGUCAUUGUAUUCGGAAUUAGUUUUUGUGACAAUUUAAUCAGACUAAGAGUGGUAUCACGGAGUCUUCUUUACUUCAAACAGGAUGUCGGCUCUCUCCGUGAAUGACCACCUUGAAGGGAUUUUAUCAGAUUUUGAAGCCUUGAAAAGAUCCUUUGACAUUGAAGAUGUGGAUGACAUACCAUCCUUCUCUUCAGCAUCCGCUACCUCCUCCCCUGUCUCUCCUUCAUCCUCCCAUUACUUCAACAGCCCUAACAAAGCCAAUGAGUGUAGGAGCGGAGGAGAAUCCCCUUCAUCUUUGCAAAACAUCAAUAACCUAGUAUCUGCAGGGUACCAGACCUGUAUCAACCAAAGUAGCAAUCCCAGUCCAGUCCUCAGGUCGCGGACAGUGGUCAGCAGUCUGUCCUUCAAUCGAGGAACUAUUAACAAACCAGGCGGUUACAACAACAAUUCCUCUGUGGCUCGAGCUGCAUCCUUUCAAAGCAGAGUGAAACCCAACAAUGGCUUCUCCAUAUUGCGUGGACCAGGUAGUGACAAUGACAGCCUUCAUAGCUCCUCUUCCAGCCUUGAGUACUCUGGAGUGGGUGGAGGUUCACAUCAACCCAACAAGCUGACACCAUAUCCCAGUCCUCCACCGCUGAGUGAGUACCACCAAGCCCAGCCCCAGCUCUCAGAACAGCAACAACAUCCACGUGCUAAAUUGGGAAACAACCACAAUUUGACAAAGUUAUCCUCUCAUGGGACCAUUUUCCAGUCUGCAUUGGACCAAGGAAUAGGAUUGGUAUUGGGGUCACCAGAUCUUCACGGGAUUAAUCAUGGCACCCUGCCCAGCCUAGAUGUUCAAAUUUGUGAUGGAACAGGUGGCAUACUAGGUGUGCAGAGAGGGGGUGACCAGGUUUCUCCUGGUUUGAGGUACAUCAAUACCAAUGUCACCUAUAAUGGCCAUCUUAAAAAGGCUAAUUCCCUUGAAGUUGAGGGUAGCUGUGGCCCCAACAAUCAUCGCUCAGGCCUCCAGACUACCCAGGCCAACGCUAAAGAGACACUACAUCUCAGUAAGUUUCCCUUGGACCUGGAUAGCUGGGUGACUACCACCUCAACUUCUUCUCCUGCUAAGGUUCUCAAACGACCCAUCAGCCCCAAUCCUCCAAAACCUCCUCCGAGAAGCACACGGAGUCUCCAUCACACCAACUCCCCAUACACUCCAGCAAGUCUAUCAGCUUCCCUCAGCAGCUUUGACAGUUGCUACAAUUCAUCACCACUCUCCCGUCACCAUCCCCUUAUGGCUUUCUCAAGUCAUUCAACUGCAGGCUCCAUUCCUGUUGCAGAUGUGAGCUGCUCACCAGUGCCCCUUUCUCCAGCAGAGACUUUGCAUUUGGGAACACUUUCCAGGUCACAAGUUGUGCAAGUAAACCCCAUCCCUCCCAACUCUUCUAGUGCUUCCAGCCCCAGAGCAAUUAGCUCUUUGGAAGAUUGCCCCAAUGAUGUCGGAGAUAGUUUAUGCUCAAUCUUAGAGAGGAUUGCCUCCUUCUCCCGGCCUGUCAUCACCAAUACAACUCCAGCACCUGUCAUCUUACGUUCCACACUUCUGAAAAAUGGAGUUCCGUCCUCUAAACUGGGCUGUCCUUCAGAGACCACACUUACGCAAACAAGGGGAUGUGGCCAAAAGAGAGACAAAGAAAGUGCUGGAGAUCUGAACGCAGAAGUACCUUCCCUGAUGGAGGAGCGAGAGGAGAAAGAAAGCAGUAUCAUGGGAGAAGAGGAUGCCGCUGAGGACAAGUGUGAAGCAAUACUAGUGAGCACUGUUCCCCCAAAUUCUGUAAUGGAAACAAAAACAAAUGGUAAAGAGGUCCAUGUAGAGGAGAAGGAAAUGGAGAAAGGAAUGGAAGAAGGAGAUAUGAAGAAGGAAGUGGGAUCAGAGGUGAAUGUGGAAGUGUGCCAGACUGUGCCAGAUCUGCAGAUGAGUUUCAUCCAUGGCAGUGACCUGUUUGGCUAUGUGGGCAUUGAGGCAGUGCUGGACCAGAUGAGACACAAGACCAUGAAAGCUGGCUUUGAGUUCAACAUCAUGGUGGUGGGUCAGAGUGGUUUGGGGAAAUCUACAAUGGUCAACACUCUCUUCAAGUCUAAAGUCAGCAGGAAAUCCUGCACACAGAACCAUGCGGAGAAAAUCUCCUCAACAGUCAAGCUGCAGUCAGUGAGCCACAUGAUUGAAGAGAAGGGGGUUAAGAUGAAGCUGACAGUGAUUGACACUCCUGGGUUUGGAGACCAGAUCAACAAUGACAACUGUUGGGACCCCAUCGUAAAAUACAUCAACGAGCAGUAUGAGAAAUAUCUGCGAGAAGAAUUGCAUGUCAACCGUAAGAGGAGGAUACCUGACACAAGAGUCCACUGUUGCAUUUACUUUUUGGCUGCGACAGGACACAGGUUACGCCCCAUUGAUAUCGAAUUCAUGAAGAGAUUGGGAAAGAUCGUAAGCAUUGUACCUGUUAUUGCCAAAGCUGACACGCUUACCAUUGAGGAACGAGAGGAGUUCAAGCAGAGGAUACGGCAAGACUUGGCAGGCAAUGGGAUUUGUGUUUAUCCCCAGAAAGAGUAUGACGAGGAUCCAGAGGAGUGCAUCCUCAAUGACAGGAUCAGGGAAAGCAUUCCCUUCGCAGUGGUGGGGACCGACAAGGAACACCAAGUGAAUGGAAACAAGGUGUUGGGCCGUAAAACCAAGUGGGGAAUUAUCGAAGUUGAAAAUGUGGCACACUGUGAGUUUGCCAAUCUGCGAGAUCUCCUUAUCAGGUCUCACCUGCAGGACCUUAAAGACGUCACACACAACAUCCAUUAUGAAACAUAUCGUGUACAACGCCUCAACGAGUGUAACAUCAAUUUCAUCGAACAAGGACUUAGUACUUGGCCUCUCGAAAAUGGAACUCCUGACAAAUACGAAUCAGACAGCCACCUCUGAUGCCUUCGUCAGCCUCGCUCUCCUGGAAUGAUGCUUCCCAUCUAGAAUACUCAACGAGAGAUGGAACAGGAGAGCAUCUUUACUACAUGAAGCAGGAUGGGGAAUUAUUUUUUGUUUCUUUUUGUUUUGUUUUUCAACAUUACAGUAAACAAUUAUUGGAUUGUUUAAUAAAACUUUUUUUUAUAGGAGACUAAAAAUGCAAAUAUUUUUGAAUGUGACAUAUUUUGUAUUUUCUUGCCAUAUGGUUGCAUAUACAGGCACAAUCAGGACAGUCAGUUUCGAGAGUGGCACCAGGAUAGAAAUCAGCUAUUUUACUAUAUGAAAAGUAAAAGAUCAUAAGGUCAAAUGUGAAUUGACAUCCCAGGCCUUCAAAGGCCGAGAACCCUGUGUGGCUGUAAAGUAACCAUCUGAAAGUAAGCAUAUGUUAAUUGCCACAUACAUAUGGUAAUGCUUUUAACCAUGCCCAAACUCAUGUUAAAAUCUCUGCUCAAAAAAAAAACUACACUCUUGCUGUAACGCGUGUGACCUGUAGAUCCUGCUUAUAGCCAGCCUUGUAACACUGGGGUUUUUCAACAUGCUGUUGAAAAAUAGUGGACAUAGGAAACAAGACAAGCAUUUAAUUUGCAUUUUCUAAUUUUGAAACAACUAAUAGUACACAUAAUGGGAUGGAAGAAUUAAUCAAAAUGAAAUGAGUGAAAGGAUUCUCAACACAAAAUAACAUAUAAAUGUCUGCUGAGUCCCUCAGUUCUUUUCUACUUUCAACUCAAGUUUAGUUUUAUAACUCUCAAUCAAAAGCGUCUCAGAGAGUUGCAUAGUUUGAUAAGGAUUGGCGACAUCCCCCAAAACUAGACCUUCAAUCAUGCAAGAUAAAAGUAAAAUUCCAAUCCCAAUUAUAAAACAUUUUGAAGGGGCAACAGAAGUAAAGAUCCUUUCAUUCCUACAUUCACAUGGGCCACUCUAAACAGAAAACUGGUUCUAUUUAACCAUUUGACUGAUUGCAUCUGGUUUAAAGUGCAAAAGUUAAUGAAGUUUUGAAUCCAGGAGUUUUUUUCUGGACACGAUGGAGCUGGUCAAAGUGCAAAUGGUAGAUACAGAAUUUGCAUCAUCAGAUAUUGGCCAAUGACCUUUCAUUUCCACUGUACAAUAUCUGAUGGAGUAAGUAAAUUGUCACAUCUGUGGUGUGAUUCUAGGGGCAGGUUACAUUUUGUCUUUAACAAGACGAAUGCACAUUAAAUUACAGUUAUAUAUUUUGUAACACCUAUUUUGUUUCGUAUCUUCUUUGCAUUUUUUUCCUCAAAGUUACAUACAGUGCCCUCUAAAAGUAGUGGAAUGACAAGGUAAAUUCACUUGUUUUUGUUGCAUACUGAAGAUGAACAUGGUACAAAAGUUCAGAAUUCUAGCUUUUAUCUCAUGGUAUUUACAUUUAGAUGUGUUAAACAACUCGGGACAGACCACCAUUUGUUUGUAGCCCUCCUUUUUUCAAGUUAGUGAAAGUAUUCGUACAGACAUUAGCUUAAAGUGAAUACCAUGUUAUAUUUGGUGCCAUAACCCUUACUUGCAAUAACUGUGUGAAGCCUUUGUCUCCACAGUCUCCUCUUGAUGAGGUAAAAUGCAUGGUUAUUUGGGUUAAGGUCUAGUGAUUGACUUGGUCAGUUGUGCUUUUUCCCCCUGAUGAAGUCCUUUCCUGUGGUGGCAGUCAUUAUCUUGUUGGGUAAUGAAGCUUCUCUUGAUUAGUAUGGAUGUAUUGUUCUGUAGAUUUCCAGAAAAAUGGUUUUGAAGACUUCAGAAUUCAUUCUGCUGCUCCCAUCAUGAGUUCUCUGCUUAAUUAAGACGAGUGAGCCCAUUCCAGAAGCACUAAUGGAAGGCCAAGGCAUAUUACCUCCAACAUGUUCGCAUGAACUUGUGUGUUUUGGAUCAUUAGCAGAUACUUUCUUGUGUCAUACUAAUGCCUCUACAACACUUUGGAAGAGGUUAAUCUUAAUCUCAACAAUCCAUAAAACUUUGUCCCGAGACUUUUGUGCUUCAUCAAUACUACUUCUUUGCAAAAUUCUAUCUGCCCUUUGAAUUCUUUUUGCUGAUGCGUGGUUUGCAUUUUGUGAUAUGGCCUGUAUAGUUCUUAUCCCAAAGUCUUCUUCAAACAAUGGAUGGUGUACCCCGACCAGUGGAGUUUGGCAUUACUGACUGUUCUCUUUGGGAUUUUUUUCACAGCUCACACAAUGUUUGUGUUGUAAACGGCUGUUGAUACACUUGGCUUACCUGUUUGAUAUCUUUUGCUCAGUACACCUGUAGUUUCUUCCGUUUUUAGGACAUUUUAAAUUGUUCUAUUGACUAUGGCCAAUGUUUGUUCAAUAGCUCUGAUUGAUUUUCGCUCUUCUCUCAUUUUCUGAACGAUUUGCUUUUCUUCCAUAGACGGCUCUUUGGUUUUCAUGUUUGCUUAACAGCAAAUGCAGUUUUCACAGGUGAAAGCAAAAGCCAAAAACAUGCACUAUUUUAUGUUUAAGCAGACAAUGUAAAAGGCAGCACCUGAGCAACUAGAAACACCCAUCAGUCACAUGUUCCGCUACUUUUGCUCACUUGAAAAAUGGUUGAUUCAAACAAAAUGUGCACUCUCCUUCAACGUAUCUAGAUUCUGAACUUUUGUCUCAUAUUUAUCUUUGAAUCAGAAACCUAUACGUCUUCAGUAUUCAACAAAAAAAAAGAAUUGACCUUGCCAUCCAAUACAAUUUGGAGGGGACUGUCGCUUUUAUGUCCAGUAGUUACCUUCUCACAAUAUCAGGUCUAACUGUAAACUUGGAGAAGUGUUAAUAUAACUUGGCUUGGCUGGCAGCAUUAGACCCAUUUAUAUGAUAGAAAUCUACGUUUGUCACAAGCCUUUAACUUUGAAUUUUGUGGGGCAUUGUGGUGCAAAUUUGGAUGUUUGUGUUGUAUGGCCUGCCAAAGACUUUGCAGUUUCUCUACCUUCCUUGCAGAGAGCUCAUCAGAUGCUAUUCCGGGCAUGAAUGAGCAGCAGUGGAUUUUACAGACCCUUUUUUGGCAUUACUAUAACUAUAACUGCAUUACAAUUAUAUUCUUACCUUAAUCAUAAAGAAGCAUCUAGCAAUAAUUCCCAAUUUCAUUACUACAUAUAUUGAGAUCUAUCUUUUUUUGCCUUUUUAUAAUGUAUGUAUGGAAUUGUAUGAUAUUGCAACAACUACAGUAUGGAUUUAGAAACCCUGCAGUCCACUUUCUUCUUUGUCUAGACUAUUUUCAUUGUCUUUGAGUCUGAGAAUGAGGGCAUGAUAACAUUGUAUACAUUGUGGAUAACAAACUCACAAUUAUUUCACUUGGUGUUAGCAUUGUCCAACUUCAUAAUUGUGUGAUCACAUGUGAGCAACUUUGUUUUACUUUGUUUAUUUUCUAAUAACAAAGACAUAUUUAUGUGAUCCUCAGUCAUCUCACUUUACUGAUUAUCACAAUAAAUCUCACUGCAACUGUCGUGUUGCAUGUCACCCCACAUGUUAGUAGCCAUCAUAAUUAGUUAGAAAUACAAACAGACAUGUUUAAUUUAUUGUUGUUUUACUGAAUUCCACACACACGUUAGGCCUUAUCUUCUGUAAUCUCUGUCAUACUGGUUCUGUUUUUGUUGUUCAUCCAUCUAUCCAUUUACUGAGCCGCUUAUUCUCACAAGGUUCAUGGGAGUGCUGGAGCCUAUCCCAGGAAUCACUGAGCAGGAAUCGGGGCACACACUCAACUGGUUUGCCAGCAAUCGCAGGCCACGUACUGUAGAGACCAGCAACAGUCGCACUCACAUUCACUCCUCGGGGCAAUUUAGAAUGUCCAAUUAAUGCAAGUUUUUGGGAUGUGGGAUGAAACGGGAGUGCCUGGAGAAAAACCACGCAGGCACGGGGAGAACAUGCUAACUGCACACAGGCGGGGCCAGGAUUUGAAACCCAGUCCUCAGAACUGUGAGGCCAACACUUUAACCCUGGCCCCGCCUGUGUGGAGUUUGCCUGUUCUCCCCGUGCCUGCGUGGGUUUUCUCCGGGACUCCGGUUUCCUCCCACAUCUCAAAAACAUGCAACAUUAAUUGGACACUCUAAAUUGCUCCUAGGUGUGAUUGUGAGUGCGGCUGUUUGUCUCGAUGUGACCUGCGAUUGGCUGGCAAGCAGUUCAGGGUGUACCCUGCCUCCUGCCCGUUGACAGCUGGGAUAGGCUCCAGAACUCCCCGCGAGCCUUGUGAGGAUAAGCGGCUAAGAAAAUGGAUGGAUGGAUGAAUAUCUGAGGUGUGUGAACCUUACCUAAGGUGAUACACGUACAGUCCAUUCAUCCUUCCAUUUUCUGAGCUGCAUGUCCUCACGAGGGUAUGGGAGUGCUGAGACCAAUCCAAGCUGUCAUCUGGAAGGAGGCAGGGUACACCCUGAACUCGUUGCCAGCCAAUUGCAGGGCACAUGGAGAUUGACAAUAGUAGCACUCACAAUCACACUUAGAGGCAAUUCAGAAUUUCCAAUUAAUGCCACAUGUUUUUGGGAUGUUGAAGGAAACCAGAGUGCCCCGAGAAAACCCACACAGCCACAGGGAGAACGUGCAAACUCCGCACAGGCGGAGGCAGGAUUUGAACCUCGGUCCUCAGAACCCUAGGGCCUAUGUUCUACAGCUGCACUACUGUGCCGCCUACAUAUACAGUAUAUACAGUAUUUUUCCAAAUUAUCUAAUUUGUCCAUGUGUGCCUUAAUAUUACUACCAUGUGUCCCAAAAACACUGCGGUUGCCUUCUUCAUCCGAAGUUCAAUAUACUAUAUUAAAGUAUUGAAGAGUUUUUGAUUGAAUUGAUCCGAUAAUUAGUCCCAAUCCUGGAUGGUUUGCAAAUGGCUGUAUAUUUGCCUCGUGUCAUGCUUGCAUCUGGUUGUUGUUCCACGUAUGCAAAUAGCUUGGGAAUAAAUUAUUUGACGUUAAAUUCUUGCGGGAAAAUGUAUACAUGGGAAAUAAUGGAAAAUCUACUCAUAGGCCAAAGUAAAAUAAAAAAAUACGACAGUCAUUCUUUUUUGUUUGGUGGAGGGGUGUUUUUUUUUUAGAUAAUUUGAGAAUCAUUUCACAUUGACUGUGACCAGCCAUGCGAUAUUGUUUGUGACACCUCAUUUCCUGUAAAGCUAUUGUAAAUCAUAUGGACCACUGUGCAUAAAUACUACAAAAAUGAUCAGUAUUAUGAAGCUCAGUUCACUCAAAUACAGUAGUUAUAUUUAAUCAAUUUGUAGCCUACACAUUUUUUAUCUCAAAAUAUUCCUGCAAUAAAGCAAUACAGUUUUCUGUGAGCAUUUUUUUAAAUUAUAUAUAUACAUAUAUAUAUAUAUAAAACUAACCAGUUCAGGCUGUACCCCGGCUACUGCUGAAAGAUAGUUGGGGAUAUGCACUCCUGCAACCCUUGUGAGGAUAAGCGGCUCAGAUAAUGAAUGGAUGGAUCAUUGUUCAUGUAAAGAUGAUAAGAUUUGCUUUGCAAACUUUCCAAGGAUAAAUGAAGGUUCAAAUGUGCAGUAUUCUUCAAAACAUAGCCUGAACUGCUUAAUUACAUUGUUUGUGACAUGAGGCCUUGUGCAAAUACUAAGUGAUUGGAUUUAUUGUGGAUAAGGACAAGUAUCAAGUACAAUAGAACUAUGAAAUUCUUUUAUAAUAUAAUGCUCCCAUUUCCCAGUCCUCUGUAUCCUGAACUUCUGAACAAACUCCUUCCUCUCUUUAAUACUCAGAAUGUAAACAGUUCCCAUAUGAUUGUCUGUUUUCAUGGCAUUAAUAGCAUAUAUGUUAACUCUGUUGAUUUAUUAUUAAAUGUUGUCACGUUCCAAUGCAUGCUGUAAAGCCUAUGAA